CUUCCCCGCCCUCCUACCUCUGUACUGUAACGGAGGCAGCCUCGCGCAUGGCUUUGUCCUCUAAUCCAUGGAGAUGCCAUGACACCAACCAGCAAAAACACCACCGUGGCAAGGGGAGCCAAAACGAGGGCCGAAAUCGUCGAGCCGCGGCGAUGUGGUUCUGUGACUUGUGUCGAGGACAGAAACAUGCCCGAAAGAAGAAGCGCCGGAGCUUCAAGAUCCGUUGUCGUGUCUUCGCAUGUUUCGAUUCAGAUUCAGUGGAACAAACCGACGACGAUCCCGAUCUCGAACCCUCUCUGUCGCUCACCCGUUCGCCUUCGACCUCCCUCCCGUCUCCGACUCCCAACCGCUUCUCAUCGCCCGCCUCGCCGCCUCCCCCGCCACCUGACGCCUCCCCCGCCACCGUCGCCGGCCCAGAAUGUCUGGCGCUGGGGAUGCCGACCCGCUAUCCGGGGCGGGGCUGAUCGGGGGAUCGGCUUGCACGGACAGUCUCAAGCUCUUCCAGCCUCCUCCCAUCCGCGCGCUCAAGGCGCCUGCACCCUUCUGGGCUUCCCAGUCUGGCGCAGUGGAGUUUGGGGAUUCCACCGCUGUGAUGGCCUCUCCGUUGACCGUUGCAUUGUUUGGUGAUCGACAUUCGGCGAAAGGAAGAUUUCUUGACAGGACUGGCUGUGGGAAACGCAGUUGCAGUUCUUUUGGAAUGGCGGCCAGUGCAAAGCGCUUCAAAGCAAGCCAGAGUGUGGUUGUUGAGUCUCCUAAUGAGUCAUUCAAACUAGCAAACCUUGUUAGAAGUUUUACCCGAGCCAGGGCAUCUUUACGAAGAAGGGAAUUAUCUGUUGAACGACGUGAGAUUCGAGUUGAUGGGCGUGAGGGGCGUGCCGAUAAGCGAGAUGUCCGUCUUGAUCAGCGGGAUAUUCGUGCUGAGAAAAAGGAGAUAAGCCUGGCUGCUUCAAAGGAUGAGUUAGACAGGCUCUGGGAUUUGUAUCUUGACGCUGUGAAGAAGGCAAACUCUGACAAGGGGAAGUUUUCAGAAGAGGCAGAGGCCGAUAAGGAGUCUGACCAGGGGAAGUUUUCAGAAGAGGCAGAGGCCGAUAAGGAGUCCAACAAGGGGAAGUUUUCAGAAGAGGCAGAGGCCGAUAAGGAGUCCACAAGGGGAAGUUUUCAGAAGAGGCAGAGGCCGCUAAGGAGUCCCACAAGGGGAAGUUUUCAGAAGAGGCAGAGGCCGAUAAGGAGUCCACGCGGAAGGUCAACCCUCACAACUCUGACAACAGAAUGUUUUCAGAAGAGGCAGAGAAGGAGUGCAGAUUGAAAUCUGACAACGCAAAGUUUUCAGAAGAGGAAGAGGCAGGUCUAAAGAAGGCUGAUGUCACAGUGUUGAAGUUCAGAAAGGCUGUGGAUGUAGUUACUACUGGAAAUUUGUAUAGCCAGCUGUUUGACUCGAUGGUAAGGAUGCCUGAGCGGUUUGAUGAGUUCAAGAAGACACUUGCUAAGAAUAAGGCGCUUGGGGAUUCUAUGUUAGAACAUGUAUCCGAUCUUGCUAAAGCUGCUUUGAAUGUUUCCAGAAGAGCCAUGGAGGAGAUGAAGAAAUGGCAUGAUGAAGAAUAGACAUUCAGAGACGGUAACCUAACAACUACUGACGAUGCUUUGAUGGUGAAGGAAGCUGUGGUGACAAUGCUGGCCUCUUUGGUUCUGUCGGCUCUGCUUGAUGAAGACACACUCUUUGGUACUGUUGGAAAUUCAGAAUCUACUAGUUCAAUAGUUCUCUUGGCCCAGCAACGAUACCCACACUAGUAAAAAUCCGAGCCUGUCAACUAAUGGCAUGAAAUUUGAAUUUUGCUCUGCACGUGUAACGCGGCCACCUCGUCUAUGCCAUGUCGAGCAUCCGUAAAAACAAUUUCUGCGUCUUCCCCUGGAAUAGGCUUUUUUUAAUAACAUUGGUGGAUAUUUGCCGUGUCCCUUCCUCUUGGUGUGGUUAAUCAGAUUUCCUUCGUGCUCGUGA